CAGAGGCAGUAUGUCGGAGGGGGUGGGGACAUUCCGCAUGAUUCCUGAAGAGGAGCAGGACCUCCGGGCCCAGCUGGAGCAGCUCACAACCAAGGACCAUGGGCCUGUCUUUGGCAAGUGCAGCCAGCUGCCUCGCCACACCUUGCAGAAGGCCAAGGACGAGCUGAACGAGAGGGAGGAGACCCGGGAGGAGGUGGUGCGAGAGCUGCAGGAGAUGGUGCGGGAGCAGGCGGCCUCUGGGGAGGAGCUGGCCCUGGCGGUGGCCGAGAGAGUGCAGGGAAGGGACAGUACCUUCUUCCUGCGUUUCAUCCGUGCCCGCAAAUUCGAUGUGGGCCGUGCCUAUGAGCUGCUCAAAGGCUAUGUGCACUUCCGGCUGCAGUACCCUGAGCUCUUCGAUGGCCUCUCCCUGGAGGCUGUCCGCUGCACCAUCGAGGCUGGCUACCCUGGUGUCCUCUCCAGUCGGGACAAGUUUGGCCGAGCGAUUAUGCUCUUCAACGUCGAGAACUGGCACUGUGAAGAGGUCACCUUUGAUGAGAUCCUGCAGGCAUAUUGCUUCAUCUUGGAAAAGCUACUGGAAAAUGAGGAAACUCAAAUUAACGGUUUCUGCAUCAUUGAGAACUUUAAAGGCUUCACCAUGCAGCAGGCUGCUGGGCUGCGGACCUCAGACCUUAGGAAGAUGGUGGACAUGCUCCAGGACUCCUUCCCAGCCCGGUUCAAAGCCAUCCACUUCAUCCACCAGCCGUGGUACUUCACCACCACCUACAAUGUCGUCAAGCCCUUCUUGAAGAGCAAACUUCUUCAGAGGGUCUAUGUCCACGGAGAUGACCUCUCUGGCUUCUUCCAGGAGAUUGACAAGACCAUCCUGCCUGCUGACUUUGGGGGCACUCUGCCCAAGUAUGACGGCAAGGUCACUGCAGAGCAGCUCUUUGGUCCCCGGGCCGCAGCUGAGAACACAGUGUUAUGAGAACAUGUCCUGCCAUUGGAACUGUAGCUAGCUCCCCUGGCCUCUGCUCGGCUGUCCUGGACCCAAGGCUGGA